ACGCCAUAGCGUGCCGUGGCCAAACGUACGGGAACCAAACCAAACCAAACAAAAAUCAGGCACAGACAGAGCCUAAAAUAUUGCCAAAUAUUCAAGUUUGUUUCUAAUUGGUUGUUGUUGGUAUUUUUUUUCAUACUUUUCCGUUCGGUGCGGCACGAAAAGCUGCGACGUCUUUCUAAAUUUAGCAACCGGUGUAUUAUUCUAUAGUAGGGUGUUGUGUGUACUAUAUACUUCCCCAAAAACUCAAUCCUAGCGACGAACUACGCCCCAAGCCGCCCACACCCCUGCAGCCACACAACCCCUUUCAACUAGGCGCGCGCGCGCCCCACUCAUAAUUUAGACAUAUUUGAGAUACAUAAAUCCUCCUCAGAACAUCCGUAUAUCGGGCAUUAAAAAAAAAUAACAAAAAAAAAGGCAACAAAGCAUAAGCAAAAGUCUUGAGAUAUAAUCAACACUCAAAAACACACAAAAUGCCCACUUCGAACACAAUUGUGCUGAAGAGCCUCUCCGUGCUGCUGGGCCUCUUCUUUAUCUUCGUGGGCGCGCUAAAAUUAACCCCACACAUUAGUAAGGAUCUCUACAAGGAUUUGCGCACCGAGUAUGUAAAAUAUGCCAAAGUGUUCCCAUUGACUGCCCUAUUUGGAUUAAAAGUGCCAUCGAAAUGGUACCGACGCACCAUCGGAAUUUUGGAGAUUUUAUGCGGAUUGGCAAUGGCAUUGAUUCCAUAUCAUAAAGUGAAAAAUGCAGCGAAUAUAACAUUGCUGGUGCUUAUGGUUUUGGGUAUCUAUCAACACUGGAUGGUCAGCGACCCCUUUGAACGUUCCGGACCUGCGUUGGUUUUUACCUUUAUGUUAGGUGGACGUUUGGUUGUCUGGUAUCAAACAGCACGCCUUACCGAGGAACUGGAGGCGGCUACUCAAACGCAAGCAAAUGGAGCUAAGCAGGACUAAAGGAUUUGCUUAUACACACUCACUCUCACACACACAUACUCACUACCUAAGCACACCAUACAUAAGUAUAUAUUUAUACAUAUAUACUCAUCCAAUCAGUCAUCAUUAUAAUCUCAUCCUUUAGCUGAAUUGACACAUAAUCUUCGAAUUUGAUUAAAUUCACGUCGUUUGAGUGUCAAAUAAAUAUAACCAAUUUAUAUAUAUAUAUAUAUAUAUAUAUAUAUAUAUAUAUAUAGACAUAUGUAUAUAUGUAAGGGUCGUUCAAAUAAAGGUUUCUAGAAUCGGUCCUUAUACAAGUACUAAAAAAAUACAACAUUUUAAAAAUUCUUAUUGAAUAAUUCAUAAGCGGCGCGCACAGCACCUUUCAAUUUUGUAUGGACACUUUUAUCUUUAGGAAAUCUUUUUAAUAUUAACAAUUAGAGCAGUCGGACAUGUAUGCCAUAAACACCUCUUAUUGUGCGAUCAAAGACCAUACCUAUAAGUAUCUAAUCCCAUAAUAUGUAUAUGUAUUUUCUGCCUAUCUACCUAAUGUUAUACAAACCAAACAAUUUUUUCGGGAGCUGUAUAAAAAUACGAUAAAUAACAUUCUUCCUAUUCCAACAGCAAAACGUCAUAUCCAGUUUUUUUAAAAUUCAAAUCUUGAUUUCCGUUCGAAAAAUAAAAACCCACAAAACCGGAAAUAAUUUCAUUGCUAUGUCGUUUAUAUUCCCAAAGACUGAACAAACCCCAAAAACAGUUUUGUGAUUCGCUAUUGUGUUUAUAUUAAUUCUUAACUUCCUUCUAUUGGAUUACAAACUAGAUCUGCCAUAUUAGGCUUCUCGUAGAUAUCGACUAGUAACUUAGUCGUUUUACAAUUCGUUUGUAUUCUGAAUUUAAGAUAGUAAAUCAUAAAUUGAUCUUUCUCGUAAUAACAUAUACGUAAUUAUUCAUUUGGGGCUAUAGAUUAUUGCGAAUGUUUCAAAUAAAAUGCGCGCCGCGUUGUAAAAUGCCAGAUCUGUAUUUGGCAUUUGAAUGUGCUAAUAAAAGGAACUAAUUUUAGUUGUCCAAAACAUGAAAUCCUUUUUUCUUGUACUAAGGUGAACAACCCAUAUUAUAUAUAUUAUACAAAUUACUAUAUAUCUUUUGACAUAAAGACAGAAUUCAUAAUCGAAUGAAAAAUACUUCAUCAGCAAAGAGAAGUGUCUAAAUUAGUGCCCGAACUAAGAGCACGCCUUUUAGUGACAAUUUCUAAUAAAUUUCGAACAACUCAUAUGAACUUAAA